AUGUUUGCCGCAAUUUCCUUACUGCUAUCGUCGAUACCACUGCUACUGACGGCCUCGAUAUCCGCCAUCUGGGUCUACAAGUAUGGUUAUCCUCUGCUGUUGAGCGACGCGAGCUCUCAAAGUGAGUCGUCUUACAGCAAGAAGCGCAGCCGCAUCACUGCCACAAUGGGUGUGGUUCUUUCGAUUCUCAUCAUGGAACUUGUGUUGGCCGAGGUUUGUGGAUGGUUUGACCCAGCUACAACUCUUAGCUGGUGGAAAAUGAUCAUGCCAGUCACUCUGGCAUUCAUUGUUGUGGUGGUACCUGCCCUGCAACUGCACAUGUUGUUUUCCACUCUGUUGACGUCGCAACUCAGCGUCGGUCUCGCCACAGCCUCUUGUCUUUUUUCCUGGCUCUUUCUGUUCUACAAGCUCGGAGCCCAGCUUCCCCUUCAUGGAGAUGAGCGUGUCCUGAACCUCUUUAACUCGGACUGGUCGAAUUUCUCCCGAUCCUUACUACAGGAGGUCUCUGGCCGGGUUGCCUUCAUCGGAGUGUCUGCUAUUGCUGUUCUGUCUGGUUUUGGAGCCGUCUCUUCUCCCUACAACGUCUUCCUGGCUAAGAGUAAGUACGUUAGUCCCGCAGUCAUCAGCCGAACCGAAGCCGCUAUCGACCAUGUAUCUGUGUUGCUGGCCGAGAAAACCCCUCAGGUCGCCAUCACUACCUCCCAGAGUUCUACCUCCAUCGUCUCUCGGUUCAUGGACUCCAUGAGAAGCGGUAAGAAUGAGCAAGAAACCGAGAUCGAAAUGCUGGGUAAGGUGAAGCAGGACCUGGAGAAGGAACUCGCAGAGCUGCAAGAAACAGCUCGACUCAACAGCCUCGCAGAAACUACCUAUGGAAAGAUGUGGAACAUGGCUAACCUCGUCUUCUCUUUGUACUGUGUGUACAGAUUGUUCAACGUGGUGGUUAUUAACAACCCCUACUUCCGGCGAGCCAACCUGUCAUCUUUCCUCAACUUCUCCACUCCUCAACCAGUCCACGUGACUGAAACUGAUGCUCUGGCAAUCACUCUGGCUCAUAUGUUAUCCUACGUGUACUCCAAGACGGAUAUUGAGUCCAUCACUCGACAGGUCUCCUUCUUCCUGACCGCCUGUCUGCUGUUGGGUUCUUUCUCUGCAGCUUACAGAACUAUCAAUACCUUUAAGAAGGCCUUCCCUUGGCUCCCUCCUCAUCUCACAAACCCUCAUGUCUUCGUUCUAUUCUUGGUUCAGGUUCUGGGGACUUAUGUGAUUGCCACUACAGUUAUGAUUCGGUCCAAUCUUCCUAACGAGAUGUCAUCAGCCAUUUCAACAGCUCUUGGAGCUCCUCUAGACGUUGGGUUCGUAGAAACCUGGUUCGAUUCGCUCUUCCUGCUGGUUUGCAUUCUCACAGCUGCAGCUCUCAUUUUUGUGAGCGCGGAGAGGGACCUGGACGAUGGCGAUGUCAUCAUGGAGAGUAAAUUUGUUUGA